AUGAAGAACGGAGGAAUCGUCAGGAAUGAUUUGACGGAAGAUGAUAAGAAUUGCACCAAUGGAAUCAAAUGGAUUCAAGAUGCUUUCGGUGAUUGUGUGGACACCGACUUGAAGCUGCUCGGCUUCAUCAUUGGUUUCAUCUCAUUGUUGUUGUGGCUCGUGCCGCUUUUCCCGCAGCUUCUUCAAAACUACAAAACGAAAAAAUGCGAUGGGUUGUCGCUGUAUUUUCUCUUUUUCUGGCUCGUCGGCGAUACGUGUAACAUGUUGGGCGCAAUCCUUACCAAUCAGCAACCGAUUCAGAAGAUUAUUGGUGUUUACUACAUUUUUCAGGAUCUCGUUCUCUGGGGUCAAUACGGCUACUAUACCUAUUUGUACAAGCGCGGUGAAAGAAGAGGCACAAUCGUUGUUCCUUGUAUCGCCAUCGCUUCACUCACUUCGUUUUGUUUCUUGCCGAAUGAUGCAUCACAUGGACAUUUCCAAGCUUUCCCGUCAUCUCCACAUUCGCGAGUGAUUCGAUCGGUGGAUUCUCUGCGGGAUCCGUCAUUCGAAAACGCCCUCCAAAUGUGGCCAAUCUUCGAGAGUUAUACUGAUGUGCUCGGAUACGUGAUUGGAUCGAUAGCGGCGCUUUGCUAUUUUGGUGGACGAAUCCCGCAAUUGGUCAAGAACUAUCGAAGAAAAAGUUGUGAAGGUCUUUCUUUGCUGAUGUUCUACAUUAUCAUCGCUGCUAACAUGACAUACGGGAUUUCGGUGCUUUUAGCGUGCACAGGAUGGUUGUAUUUCUUGAGGCAUCUACCCUGGGUGGCGGGCAGUCUUGGUUGUUGUUUCUUCGAUUUCAUCAUGAUCAGCCAAUACUACUACUACAAUCGACGACAAGCUGCCGGCACGGAUCAUGAACGACUUCUCGAAUCGGAACACGAGGAA